AUGGCCGCUCACGCAGAAGAGCCGCAGCAGCAGCCGCAGCCCCCCGAGUCGUCCCAGUCUGCCUUCCACGACGCCUUUACCACCCGCCGAUCACUCCGGCAGCUUGGGCUGUUCGUUGCAGGCGCCACAUUCUUCACCGGCGCCCAGCUGCUCACCCGACGCGCUCUCGCCCGCCGCUACAAGCUACCGAAACCCCCGUUCUACCAUCCCAGCAACGUCCCUUACCAGACCGGGAGUGGAGCCAUGGACGCACUGGAAGCAUUCAACCUGGCCACCGUCAAUGUUGUUAGCGCAGCCAUCAUGCUGACCGGGGGCGCCAUGUGGGCCACCGACAUCAGCACGCUGGAGGACUUGAGAGGCAAGGUCAAGCACAGGGUCGGAUCUGGCGAUGCCAAGAAGUCGGACGAGGAAAUCGAGGAGUGGAUUGCUGAGGUGCUAGCCCGCAAAGACAUGAAGGAGGCCGUAAAGGCCGCCACCGGCAUACAGCUGGAGCAGAUCAUUGCUGACGCCAAAACAAAAGAGGACGGACGGAGUAGCGAAGGCCCCGCAAGGUAA